AUGGCGUUCCAGCUAGCGACAGAAUGGCAUGCCGGAGAAGAAGAAAUGCAGAAACGUCUACGAGUACCUCAGGGCGAGAAUCCAACCUCACCAUACCUUUCACCAUACGCGGCGAACCUUUUGACACGAUCGCCGUUACUUGCCCUAGGCACACUUGAUUCAUCCGGCAGACCAUGGACUACAUUAUGGGGUGGGGAGGCUGGUUUCGCGUGGCCGGUCGCUCAAUCUGUUAUUGCUGUGAAAGCUACAGUUGACCUUGAAUACGACCCGGUUUCUGAAUUCUUGCUGGGCAAGAGUUCGAAUGGACAAAUCAAACGUGAAGAUUCACCUGGGAGAAUGGUUGGCGGUCUUGCGAUCGAUCUUGAAUCAAGGAAAAGAGUUAAAUUAUAUGGUAGGAUGGCUGCAGGUACAUUAAAAGAGACCGCUGGAAAUGGCGUGGCGGAAGCGUCGUUGGUUGUCAAAAUCGAACAAAGUCUGGGCAAUUGUCCCAAGUACCUGAAUAAAAAGCACAUCAUUCCUCGAGUACCAAAGCCCACAUUGGUUUCCGCUUCAAUACCUCUCCCCAAAAAAGCAGCUGAUUUGAUAACACGAUCUGACUUAUUCUUUAUCUCAUCCUCGAAUCACGAUUCGGACAUGGAUACAAAUCAUAGGGGUGGACCACCAGGCUUCGUACGAAUCUUAUCCAACGAUGCCAACGGGCUUAUAAUAGUUUAUCCCGAGUAUUCUGGCAAUCGUCUUUAUCAAACACUCGGGAACCUUACAACCACACCUCAGGCAGGAUUGGUAUUCCCAGAUUUCAAUACGGGCGAUGUUGUGUACCUUACUGGAAGAACAGAAAUACUAGCCGGGGAAAAGGCGACGAACUUGAUUUCACAUACCAAUCUUGCAGUCAAGAUAUAUGUCGAAGAUGUUAGAUAUGUCACAGACGGAUUGAGUUUCCGAGGUGAAAUAGGUGAACGCUCACCUUACAAUCCACCAGUACGCUUUCUAGCUUCUGAGGCCGCUGCUGGGGUCAAAGAUACAGGAAAGAAAACGCACGCGAAACUCAUUGAGAGGAAGAUCUUGUCACCAACUGUGGGAAGAUUUCGGUUCAAGAUUCCGGAUGCAGAUAAAACCCAUCUUUGGAAACCUGGUCAAUAUGUCGCAUUAGACUUCAAAGACGAACUUGAUAUUGGUUAUAGCCACAUGCGUGAUGAUGAUCCAAAGAGUUUGAACGACGAUUACAUCCGAACUUUUACUGUGUCUUCUCCAAAGGAUUCUACAGAUACAUAUGAUCAAUUCGAAAUUACAAUCCGCAAGGUUGGAAUUGUCACUGAUUUCCUCUUCCGUCAUAAUAUCAGAUCAGAGCUGGAAGUACCACUCAACGGAUUUGGAGGAGAAUUUUUCAUUGACCAAGGCGCUGAAGGAAAAGUUUCUUUUGUUGCUGGGGGUGUGGGAAUAACGCCACUUCUUGCUCAAGUUCCCGAAUUGGAUUUAUUACGAUUGCAACUUUACUGGACUGUUCGUUUAGCUGACCUAGGAUUGGUUUUGGACACCUUCGAAAAAUAUCCCAAUCUCGCGAGUCAUACAAAAUUGUUCAUCACGGGUGAAAUGGGAGGUUGUGAUGGCAUGAAUGAAUCAAUCUGUCUCAAAAAGUUACGAGAAUCUGGAGCUACUUUGCAAGAACGAAGAAUUGAAAAAAAUGACGUUUCUGAGGAUUCUGCAAACCGAUGGUACCUAUGUACUGGGACCAGUUUUCGAGAUACUUUGUUGGAUUGGCUGAAAGGAAAGCAAUUAAGCUAUGAGGACUUCAAUUACUAG